CUUUUCUGCUCCAGCAAAGGUCAAGUUGAGGUAUAAAAGAAGGAGAGAAGCAUUCAUUGCUUGUAGAAACGUGACGCACUGCAGACAUGCUCAGGUUUCUGGUGUUGACAAGUCUUGCAGCCGUGGUGCUGGCUGAGCUGGAGCCCCAACCCAGGUACCUGGAGGACAGCUUUCAAAGGGUUGUGGGAGGUGAGGUGGCUAAACCCAACUCCUGGCCCUGGCAGAUCUCUCUUCAGUACAAAUCUGGCAGCAGCUUCUACCACACAUGUGGGGGAACCCUGAUUGAGAGAGGCUGGGUUAUGACAGCUGCUCACUGUGUGGACAGCAAUAGGACAUGGCGUGUCAUUCUUGGUGAACAUGACCUCAACAGCAACAAUGGCAGAGAGCAGAUCAUGGACGUCAGCCAUGUUUACAUCCAUCCCAAAUGGGACUCCAGAAGAGUGUCUGCUGGGUACGACAUUGCCCUGCUGCGUUUGUCCUCUGAGGCCACCCUGAACUCCUAUGUCCAGCUGGGCUCUCUGCCUCCCUCCGGCCAGAUUCUGCCCAAUAACAGCCUCUGCUACAUCACCGGAUGGGGACGCACUUCCACUGGUGGCAGCCUGUCCGCCCAGCUGAAGCAGGCCUACCUCCCUGUUGUCGACUACAAGACCUGCUCCAGCAGUGCCUGGUGGGGCAGCACUGUCAAGACCACCAUGGUGUGUGGUGGUGGUGGUGCUGAGGCUGGAUGCAAUGGUGACUCUGGUGGCCCUCUGAACUGCCUUGUUGACAGAAAAUACUACGUCCAUGGAAUUGCCAGCUUUGUGUCCGGUAUGGGAUGUAACGCUCCCAAGAAGCCCACUGUCUUCACCCGUGUCUCUGCCUACAUCGAAUGGAUUGACUCGACCAUGAUGUAAACAGAAGACUCAUCUGUGUUGCAGCACACAAAGACGGAGACCACAGUUGACCAUCUUUUCAUGUACUGUCCUUCCUCACUUGUCUGGUCUCAUUAUACAGAAAAUAAAAUUAAUCAAACUUUGA